ACGUAAUACGACGUUCGUCCACGUAGCUGAUGAUUAUUCCUAUGAUCGUACUGCUCAACACUGAAAUACGUCACUUUGUUAAACGUUCUCAAUUGAUACGCAACAAAUUGCACUAUCAUGGAUCAGGUUAAGAAACUAACAGAACCAGGACGUCAGUUCGCCAAAGACAGUAUACGUCUUGUAAAAAGAUGUACAAAACCAGAUCGAAAAGAAUUUCAAAAAAUUGCAAUCGCUACUGCCAUCGGAUUUUGUAUAAUGGGUUUUAUAGGAUUUUUCGUUAAACUAAUUCAUAUCCCUAUCAACAAUAUCAUUGUGGGUUCGUAAAUCCAUAUUAUAUAC